CAGGGCCCCGCCACCAUGACGGGUUCAUCAGCAGUACCACGUCAGCAGGGCCCCGCCACCAUGACGGGUCAUCAUUGGGCAUGACAGGCCAACUGGCCGGCAAGUCCAUUGACGAGUACCAUCAGCGGUUUCUAGCUCAGCUCGCACUGAUUGAGGUUGAGGUACAGCGCCAGGCGGCAGCCGAGGCAGCCCGCCUACAGGCUGAAGCAGAGGCAGCAGCUGAAAAGCAGUGGCUUCAGGCUAAAGCAGACGCAGAUACCCAGGCACGCCGCAAGGAGGGCCAGGAUCUGCUACAGCGGCACGAAGCUGCCAGCGUCGAAAGGCUCAAGUUCUGGCAUUUUGAACCAGCUGAGGACAACGACAAGGCGACACCGGAAGAGCAGCACAAGGAGUUCCUCUCCAAACUCGUGACCCGGUUGGUUUACACUUGUAACCACCUGCAGUCCGAGUUAGAGAAACAACACCAGGAACUGGCGAACCAGCACCAGGAACUGGCAAAUCUCCGACAGACAGUGCAGAACCACAAGGAUCUGCACAAGGAUGCUACACGAGCACUUCAUUCCCGUGUACAGGACUUGGAGCAAGUUGCACCAAGACCAGAUGUUGGUGAGUCCAGGAGUGCACCCUCAACCCGCCAAUUGGAGGAACGAGUUGACCAUGUAGUCGCAAUGCUCGGCGACAUCAGCACCUUCGCCGCACCAGCCACCAUCAGCGAGCAGCUCGACACCUUGCAGACCGAGCUCAGGCAGCUACACCAGCCGCCCGAUAACGAUCGCAGCACAUCGAAGCACGACAAGAUGCCGACGUUCGGGAUCGAGAAAUCUGACGACUAUACGCAUCAGGACCCUGUCGUCUGGUGGGACUGUUUUACAACGGAGCUUGGGAUUCACGAGGUCCCCGAAUACUUGUUCAUCUCGGCGUUGUUCCUCAACAUCAAGGGUGGAUGCCAGAUUUGGCUCAGCCACAUGGCAACCAUCUACGGCGUCCAGGUCAACCAUCCAUACAAGAAGAUCUCCUCGGAAGAUCUGAUGAGAGAAUGGAAGAAGUGGUUCAUCGUUGAUGACGCCCCGACGCUCGCCAUCAACCGCCUCUUCACCAUGACUCAAGGCAACACACCGACACGCGAUUGGCUCACGAAAUGGCAAAAGAUCGUGGCAACGCCCGAUCUCGAGUUGCCAUUUUCACAUCUGCGCCGAGAGUUCUAUAACCGGUCGUGUGCCGCCUUGAGCCUCGCACUUGGUGAUCGUGAGCAGUACAUGACCUUGCCGAAAUUAUCGACAAGGCGCGGGAGAUCAUCAAGGCCAACCGGGCUGCUGCACACAAGAAGUCAGCGUGGCAGCCAACCUAUGUGGAGAAAGGAAAAUUUGGUCCACGUCCGCAGCAUGUCGUUGCAGUCCAACCAGACAACAUUGUGGAAGACCCGACAGCCACCUCAGCAUCACGUGAGGGAGAUCAGGUGGCCGCUGUCCAGCUGUGAAGCAACAACAACUCCCGUGGAAAAGGGAACGCAAAAACCGCAUCGCCAACUGGAAACGGACAGCCAGUACCAUGGGUCAAGUUUAACUUCACUGAGGCCGAAUACAAGUGGCACAGCUGGUAUGGUUGCUGCUAUUGGUGCAACAGCACCAAGCACAAGACCUCCCAAUGCCCGGAUCAAGGCAAGGAGGACGUUCAACCUUGACUCAGCUCGGGCAACUAAGUUGCGCAGGAGCGAGGCCGUGUCCUUUGACAUUUUGGACACCCAGUUAGACGUGAUCUUGGGCAUGUCAUGGCUGCGAAGCGAGGAUCACCCGGUAAACUUCUACCACUGCACCGUUCACGUCCGUGAUCGGAACGGAGUACUAGUCCCAUGCACGGUGCCUCCUCCUCACCCUUCGAUCAGCUGCCACGUGGUGUCCGCCGCAAGCAUUCGAGCUUCCAUCACCAGGGACGACAUCAAGGAGAUGGGGGGGUGUUUUCUCCACGUCCUCCCUCCCCAUGACAUUCCAUCGACGGACUCAUCACCUGACCAUCGCAUCAUCGAGCUUCUUGACGCCUACGGCGACGUGUUCGAAGUCUCGCACGGAGUAGUACCGGAUUGGCCCAUCCGCCACGAAAUCAUCCUCGAGGCCGGGGCCGUACCUCCGCGUGGUUGCAUCUACCGCAUGAGCGAGGAAGAGUUAAGUGUGCUACGGGCACAACUCGACGACCUUCUUGAGAAAGGUUGGAUUCGGCCUAGCUCUUCGCCAUACGGCGCUCCCGUUCUCUUCGUCUGGAAGAAGAACAAGGACUUGCGGUUGUGCAUCGAUUAUCGCAAGCUCAACGCUCAAACUGUCAAGAACGCCGGCCCUCUUCCGCUCAUCGAUGACCUCCUCGAACGGCUGGGCGGCGCCAAGUUCUUCUCGAAGCUUGACCUCAAAUCGGGAUAUCACCAACUCGAGAUCCGGCAGGAGGACCGCUACAAGACCGCGUUUAAGACUCGAUAUGGGCAUUUCGAAUGGUUGGUUAUGCCUUUUGGCCUUACGAAUGCCCCGGCCACAUUCCAAGUGACUAUGACAACGGAGUUCCGACACAUGCUGUAUAGAUUCGUAUUGAUCUACCUCGACGAUGUAUUGGUGUAUAGCCGGAGUUUGGACGACCAUGUGGAGCACCUGCGCACCGUUUUUGAGCGGCUACGACAGGCCAAGUACAAAGCCAACCACGACAAAUGUGAAUUCGCACGGCAAGAGAUGGAGUACUUGGGACACUAUGUGACGCCGCAAGGCAUCCGUCUGCUCGCGGACAAGAUUGAGGCCAUCCGCGUAUGGCCCGAGCCCACCAACACCACGGACGUUCGCUCAUUCAUGGGGUUGGCAGGCUACUAUCAACGCUUCAUCACCGGAUACUCAAGGAUCACCGCACCAUUAACGAGACUACAAUUGCCAAAGGUGCCAUUGGUAUUCGACGACGACGAGCGCCGGUCAUUCCAAGCACUCAAGACGACUAUGCUCAUGGCACCCGUCCUUAGCAUCUACGACCCCAUCUUGCCAACAAGAGUCACGACUGAUGCUUCUAGCUAUGGCAUUGGGGCAGUCUUGGAACAACAAGACGGCGACAAUUGGCACCCACUUGAGUAUUUCAGCCACAAAGUGCCUCCCAUCAACUCACUUGAUGAUGCAAGGAAGAAGGAACUACUUGCAUUCGUGAUGACUCUCAAGCGUUGGCGGCACUUCCUCCUUGGGCGUUAUAGGUUCACAUGGGUCACUGACAACAACCCGUUGACCUACUAUAGGAUGCAGGAUACGGUGAGAAGCACGAUCAGGGGCGACCAAUUUGACUUCACAUCGAAACAUCUCUCCGGCCUCUCCAAUCGCGCAGCAGAUGCACUCUCGAGAAACCCGAUCUUUGCGCUAUGACACAUCAUGCCUUCUCGUUUGACGAGGAACUCCAGCGGCACUUCAUCCGGGGCGAUGAGUCCGAUUCGGAUUUCGCCACGC